AAUUUGUUCUUGUUCUUUUUCCGCGUUUCCUCUGUAUGUAUACAACAUCUCUGUACCAAUCGAAAAUCAGAGAGCAAAGAUCUCUUCUUUUCUCUGUGCUCUCAACACCCAUUAGGGUUUUUCAUCUCUUCACCUUUCUUAUACUCAAAUUCUGAAUCAAUCUUCUUCAUUUUUCACCCGAUUUCUGCAGAAAUGUUGACUUAUAGACUAGGAUGAGUAAGGCUGAAUUAUCAAGGAUGAAGCAACCACUUGUUCCGUUGGCAACCUUGAUCGGCCGUGAGCUACGAAAUGGAAAAACGGAGAAGCCUUUUGUGAAGUAUGGACAGGCUGGUUUGGCAAAAAAAGGAGAAGAUUACUUUCUAAUCAAGACAGAUUGCCAUAGAGUUCCUGGCGAUUCUUCAACGUCAUUCUCUGUCUUCGCGAUCCUUGACGGGCAUAAUGGUAUAUCCGCUGCUAUUUUUGCGAAAGAAAAUAUAAUAAACAAUGUCAUGAGUGCCAUACCGCAAGGUGUAAGCAGGGAGGAAUGGCUUCAAGCUCUGCCUCGGGCUCUAGUUGUCGCUUUUGUGAAAACUGACAUGGAAUUUCAGAAAAAAGGGGAAACUUCUGGAACGACAGCUACGUUUGUGAUUAUUGAUGGAUGGACUGUAACAGUUGCAUCUGUUGGGGAUUCCCGAUGCAUAUUAGAUACUCAGGGAGGCGUUGUUUCUCUCUUGACAGUUGAUCACAGAUUGGAAGAAAAUGUAGAAGAGAGGGAGCGGGUUACAGCCAGUGGUGGUGAAGUAGGAAGACUCAAUGUAUUCGGAGGCAAUGAGGUGGGGCCUCUUCGCUGUUGGCCUGGUGGAUUGUGCCUUUCUAGAUCGAUUGGUGACACUGAUGUGGGAGAGUAUAUCGUUCCAAUACCACACGUUAAGCAAGUGAAGCUUUCAAAUGCUGGCGGAAGACUAAUUAUAGCUUCUGAUGGAAUUUGGGAUACUUUGUCUUCUGAUAUGGCUGCCAAGUCAUGUCGUGGUGUACCUGCAGAACUUGCUGCCAAGCUGGUGGUUAAGGAAGCUCUAAGGUCAAGAGGGCUGAAGGAUGAUACAACCUGCCUUGUUGUAGAUAUUAUUCCUUCGGACUAUCCUGUGUUGCCGAUGCCAGCAACUCCUAGAAAGAAACAUAAUGUGCUUAGUUCACUUCUCUUUGGAAAGAAAUCCCAAAACUUGGCAAACAAAGGAACUAAUAAGCUUUCUGCAGUUGGCGUUGUGGAGGAGUUAUUUGAAGAGGGUUCUGCAAUGCUUACAGAGAGGCUAGGUAAUAAUGUUCCUUCCGACACAAAUUCUGGUAUUCACCGCUGUGCAGUUUGCCUAGCAGAUCAACCCUCUGGUGAUGGCUUAUCAGUGAACAACGAUCAUUUUAUCACUCCGGUAUCUAAGCCAUGGGAAGGUCCAUUCCUCUGCACAAACUGUCAGAAGAAGAAAGACGCCAUGGAAGGAAAAAGGUCCUGAAGUCGGAGCAACAACAGUAUAGUUAUCUAGUAUUCAAUUUUAGUAGCAUAGUAAAUAUUUGUAUAAUUUUUCCUUGGCAGUGUGAGCAAUGCUUGGUUCUGCAUUUGGAUGGUGAGUGUCAUAAGUGUGUGUGAGUGACAAAUGAGGUUGAGAAUUGAGUUAGCUAUAGGUUAGGUCCAUUGAAGGUUGUUGCAAAUUAUUUUUUGGCUUGUGCUCAGCUGUUGGACUUACUGACAGAACAAAUAUUUUGUUUAGUAGAUAAAGUUAUAUUUGUUUGAUUGCUAACGGCUUGUAACUGAUAAUUUUGUUUGUUUAA